UCUAACCCCCAAAGAGAUAAGAGAGCAAGGGAAUCCACACAACCCAAGAGAGAAGGAAGGAGGAGAGCAGUCCGCAGGUUCGUUCUUCAGUGCGUAGCUUUGAUUGUUUGAGCCAUAACUUGAGAUUUACUCAUCCAAAUAAGGCGUGCGAGAUACCAACAGAAAGCUCUCAAGACGAGGAACCAGUGAAGGUCUGGUUUGCAUAAAUCGGAGUAGUGGAAGGCUUCCAAAUCGACCGAGCAAAACACGACCUCGCAGAAUACGUUUUUGUAUUCAAAGUUAGGGAACGAAUUCGUCGGGAAACACCCGUUCUAGGGACUGUUUUUGCAUUUUCGGUUAGGAGUUGAACUAGCACCUUGAGGGGGCUGUUUAACACUCAAUUCUAAGCAAGGAAUCAGUUCUCAAGCUUCCUUGGCCGAGGCUUUAGUCAUUGGAUCGAGAAGGAAAGUUUUAAAGCUCAUUUGAGGUUGAGGCUAGAGCUUGCUUCCUGUGCUCGUUGCUCGAGAGAUCAUAUAGGAGGGAAGACUUGGUUCGUGCUUCCUCCAUUCUGUUUUUUUUUUUAAAAAUUAAUAAACAUGCUCAUGGAUAUUUUACUAUAGAGCCUGCGUGCUCAUGAAUAGCCAUGUGUGGCCCUUUUGUUUUAAACAAUGUUUUCCGCUGCGUUAUGAAUUACUUAUUAUGUUUGUUUAUGGAUGUAUAUGUGUGAAUGAUAUUCAAGACGCCUUGUAUAAUAUGAAUGUGUUGGACUGCGGUUGACUAUUCGUAUUGUACGGCGGAUUGUUGACGUGUCCGGAUAGGUCCGGGGCGUGACACUUACACCUUCCCAUCUCCGAGUGCCUCGGUUAUGCAUGAGGGCUUCCCGUUCGUGGAUUAUGCUUCAGCGGUUUUACCGCCGGGUGACCUUGCACGUAUGACCACCCAGGGGUUUCAGCCUCUCAUGGAGAGUUCUAUUCGGACCCAUGUUGAAGGACUUGCUAAGACCAUUGGGUCACUUCGGGCAGCCAACCAUUCUGAAGUGAGGCUUCAGCGUGAGGUUGAUGAAGUUAGAGCCGCCCUAAAGGCAAGGGAGAAAGCUUUCUCCGAGUUGCAGCUCUCGCAUGCAAGAGAGUGUGAAGAAGUGGCCAAGCAAGCGACCAAGAAAAAGAUUCUCGAGUUCAAGGCCUCCGAUGAAUUCCAGAAAACCAUAUCUGACAGGGUGGAGGCGAAGGAAUCCGACUUAGUAAAUAAGUGGCUGAAGACUGAUGAGGGGGAGUACUGCAUGCUCGUGAAGUUUUGUACGCUUUUCAGAGCGGAAAGUAUUUGAUGCAACAUAAAUUGUAUGAUCAGUUGGAGGGUUUCGUCCCUGACUUUCAUCCAUCCACACUAGGUCUUCCUGCCUGCAUGAAGAAACCUGUGGCAGCAAUAGCCCUUCUGCCCCCAGGAGUCUACCGCCAGGAGGAGGAGUCUGGUAAUUCGAACGAAUGGUGCUGGUUCUUUCCACGACCUUCGAAGGACAUGGUCCCCCUUACAUCCGGCCAGCAGGAGGGAGCUCAAGAGUCCGGCCAAGACUUAGUUGCCAUGUUAAAUGAGAUUCCCGAGGUCAAUGGCGAUGGGCAUGUCCUGCCAUGACUUUGUAUUUUGCAUUUUCCUCGUCUUCCACUUGUGUACGUUGUGUUUUGUCUGGACGUUUAAUCUUGAACCCAUGUAUUUCUUUUCCUAUACUUUGCGUUGCGAAUACUUAAGCAAUUUUAUUCGGG